UCUCUAAGAGAAGCACAGUUUUUCUUGCUUUUCUUAACAAAUAGAAAAUCAUAAGUGCUCAUUUAUUUAUCAUAAGAAUGGAGAAAGCAUUUGUAUUUGUUUGUGAAAUGUUAUUAUUAGUGUUUGUUUUGGAGCGGUUUAGGGUUGUUAAUGGAGGGAAGGUGAAACUUUUUGUAUUAGGAGACUCCCUUGUGGAUUGUGGCACCAACAAUUACUUAAAUACCUCAAAGUUACAUAGGGCUAAUUAUUAUCCCUAUGGCAGAACGCCUUCUCUGGUAACCCUACUGGAAGAUUUAGUGAUGGCAAGGUUACACCAGACUUCAUAGCUGAACUUGCUGGGCUGCCUUUGAUUCCCUCAUACUUGCAACCACAUGCUGAUCAUUCAUAUGGAGCCAACUUUGCCUCAGGAGGAGCAGGAGUCCUCCCAGACACAAACAAAGGGGAGGUUGUAAAUAUGGACAUGCAAAUUCAGCAACUCAUUGAACUCAGAGAGAAAUUGGGGAUAAAAUUAGGGCAUUUAGGGGCCAGCCAAGUAUUCUCAGAUGCUGUGUAUCAAGUGAGUUUUGGGGUUAACGAUUAUAAGGUGUUUUCCAACAAUUAUGAAGCCCAACUAUAUCAAGACAAAGAUGAAUACGUGAGACUUGUUAUUGGCAAAUUAACAUUACAAAUUCAAGUGCUUUAUAAAUAUGGUGCUAGAAAAUUUUUGUUUCCAUUGCUAAAGAAUCUAGGAUGUAGUCCUGGCAUGCGAGUACUUGGAGGUGGAGAGUGCUUUGAGUUGGCUACUUACCUCUGUGCAACUCAUAACACUUUACUUGAGGAAGUCUUAAUUAGCAUGGCUUCCAAAUUAGAGGGCUUUAAGUACAUUGUCUUUGAUCAAUUCGAGUUCAUGAAGGCCAGGAUUCAAAACCCACAAAAAUAUGGAUUUGUUGAUGGUCACAAUGCCUGCUGCGGAACCGGGCUACUUAGAGGUUUGAACACAUGUGGAGGAAAGAAGGGCGCCACCAAUUACCAACUUUGCCCCGACUCCACUUCACACAUUUUUUUCGACUCAUACCAUUGCACAGAGAGCAUUAAUAGGCAAGCAGCCCACACAAUGUGGGAGGGCAAGGACCCCUCAGUGAGGCCUCUUCCUCUCAAAACAUUCUUUAACUCUAACUCUGAGGUUUCACAUGUAGAUAUUGGGAGGAAAGGGGAAAUCAAGGUCUCUUUAACCAUGGGCCAUGCCUCGUCCAAGUAAUUGUUAUGAAGAUAAAGGCUCAUUCUGCAUCAGUAAAGUUGAGCUUCUUCCUCAUGUUUUAAUGUGGUGGGGUGGUUACCUAUGCCACACACUGAAUGGCAUUACAAGAAGCCAAGCAGAUUGAGGUUGUAGAAGAUACGAAUUGGCAUCAGAUGAAGAUAAGCAUUUUAGAGGGUGUAAAAUAUAGUUUUUAUACAUGGGUAGGUCAGUAGUGGAAGUUGAACCUGAGCUGUUGUGCUGCAAUUUAUGUGCAAUAGUGCAUGUCUAUAUCUUGUAAUCUACUUCACUGAAUAAAUGGAAGACCCCAUGCCCAUAUUGUUGGUGGGUAACUAGCUUUUUCAUGAGCCAUUAGCUG